GAGCUGUGCCGCGAGUGUUCGCGAUCCGACGGACGUUCUCAAGUUAAGUGCCGAGGUGGAGAGAUAGCGCGAAGAUGGAGAUCGAGGCGAAGCAGCGUAGCCAGAAGAAUCGCCGACGGGAGCGGGCGCAGCGCAUGCUGGCGCAAAGAGAGAGCCUGGCCACCGCGAAGCAGCAGCAGCAACAGCAGCAGCAACAGUCGCAGCAGUCGCGGCAACGGCCGCCGAACGACGAGGAGGAUAGCCACAGCGGCGAGGACGAGGACCCCGGUGGCCUCGGACUCGGCGCCAAGACCGGUCACCCACGGGACGGCCACUCGCGACCGCCCAGGCCACCGCGACCCCCGAGGCCCCGCAAGAAGUCUUCCCUCACGGCCGCCAACCAGAAGGAGCCACCUUUCGAGGAGGACAUUAUCGACGGAUUCGCCAUCCUCGCCUUCCGCACGUACGAGGAUCUCGAGAGUGCAAUAAAGUUAGCUGGUAAAAAUAAUGUCAAGAAACUGCACACAUUGCUAUCAAUAGUGGAGGAAAAACCAAAGGUGGAUACAGGACAGAAUAACAGGCACAACGAGCACCACAUCAAAAACAAUUUCAAGCACAACCACUACACACAUAAUUCCAUACUGACACCCUCGACGCUAAACCAGGGCCUAGAUGCAGGUACAAGCGACGACAGUGGCAGAGCGUCUGAACAAUUGCACGGCCCUGGGAUACCUAGGGAUUGCCAGGACGCAGACAGUUCCAGGGACCAUCUCAGCGAUGCUAGCAGUCAUUGCAGUUCGGGUAAAGGUUAUAUCUGUGAUAGUGAAGGAGAAGACGAUAAGGGCUCGGAUGCCGAAUCUAUACUCUUUGAAUCUUCUACCUCACCUCCUCUCGCACGUAAAUACGAAUUGCCAUCUUCUUCGCCACACGUUUUGCCACCAGCAAACGGGGCAGGCGGAUCUCCCCCGGAUACGGGUGGACAAAUUUCUAAUCCAGCAACGGAUGCUCCGGCACCUAUACCGCCUCCUGUGCCUGCAUCUGCACCAGUUCCAACAGCGCCGAGUCCUCCCAGUCCCACAUUGCCCCCACACAUAUCCCAGCCUCCUAUGACUAGUCCUUUGGCAGCGAAUCCACGUGCAAUAGCUCCGCAACAGCGGCCAGCUUCCCCCGCUCUGCCACCACCCUCCCUAUCCCAACAGCCGCACACUACGAUACCUGCAUUACAUCCACCUAACGUGCCCCUCGUCUCGUCGAGUCAUACAACUAGUCCAGCGGUAGCCAGUUUAGGUGUCACGCCAGCAGCACCAUCGAACGGAGCGGCCACCACGAGUUAUCCACCGCCCAUCCCUAUAGCCGCGUAUCCACAAACACAACCGUCAUAUCCACCGCUCUACGCACCAUAUACCGCUUUAAGUCACAGUCCGUAUCUUCCGCCAGCGAUACCAUCCCCUUCUCAUUCUGCUUCGUCACGCACUGAUGUGAGAGGGAGUAGAGCUUCCCCUUGUACCAACAUAAAUAAGCAGACUAUAGGAAAUAACCAUGCGAAUCACAAUAAUACUCCGCUAAGCGCUGCCACCACAACAUGCGUAUCUACUAUAACUAAUACAGUUACCACGGCAAAUACAAUCGUUCAUAGAGACAUGGUGGCCUGCAGUCUAUCCGGAAGAAACAAUAACUCUCCCCGUGGACACAGCCCCAGUCGAGAAAGAGAGAGUUACAGCAGUAACGUGAGUAGUCUAAGUCGGGGCAGCAUAACGCCUGUUAGUGUGCCAAACACCUCCUCUCCAGCCAAUUCUAGUCUACCUGCAUACACCAAGCCACAAAGUUGGAUUAGCAACAACACAGUUUCUCAGCUAUCCCCAGCGACAGCUACAUCCGUUCCGAGGCCAACUCCACCACCGGUACCACUUGGCAUACACACAUUUCCACCACCGAUGUUUGCAGCGCCUUUACCACCACCAGUGUCUAGCUCAAGUCCGCAUACUUCACUGCCCUCGCUUCCUCCUCCGACGACCAAUCCCAAUCCGUUUUCUGCAGAAUCUUUGUUCCAAACAAGGGUGACACAUGUUGCAGGUCAGGCAGAUCUUUUGAGGAGAGAGCUCGAUAAUAGAUUCUUGGCGUCUCAGGACAGAAAUGUUGGGGUUGGAGUGGGGAAUUUGGGUCCACCGGCAUAUCUUCGAACGGAGAUGCAUCAUCAUCAACAUCAGCAUACGCAUGUACAUCAGCACACGACACCGUUGUUGCCACCGACUGCAGCAACAACACUUUUUCCACCUCCAAUCUUUAAGGAUAUCCCAAAAUUGGGAGGAGUCGAAACAUCAUUUUUUCGUGGAAACUUAAAUCUUUCUGGUUAUUCUGGUUUUAAUACUGGCCUUCUUCAUCCCGGAAUUGGACCGCCUUCGACACCUUUUGUACCACCUAAUCAUUUGGCUCCGUUUGCGCCAAAGAAAAGUGGAAAAUGGAAUGCAAUGCACGUGCGUAUUGCGUGGGAAAUAUAUAAUCAUCAACAAAAGCAACAGGCUGAAGCUAAGGCGGGAAGUGUCGUUAGUACCAAAACUGAGUUAUUAAGACCACCGGGCCAUCUUUAUCCAGCGGGACCAGCCAGUGGUCUUGGACUUGGUGCACCAUCAAUGGCACCUCCGUUUCCUGCUAACAUGCCAUCUGCUCAUCCUGCACCACCUCCACCUCAUCCUGUCGGUUUUCUGUCUACAACAGCCUCACAUUUAGGUAAUAGAGGAGCAGGAAUAUCUCCCUUUGGAAGAUAUCCUUCGACGUUCGGCGCGCCAAAUCCCAAUUUCCCAAAUCUUUCGACUUUUCCGCCAAGAGAAAUGCCACCUUUGGGUGGACUCAGUUCAGUGCACGAUCCAUGGCGAGGAUUACAACGUGCUACUUCUGGAUUUCCACCGACUACUGUUUCUUGGGGCCUGAAACCAGAACCUCCCGCGAUAGAUAGGCGCGCCGAAUUGGAAGAACGAGAGCGCGAGCGUGAACGAGAGAGAGAGCGCGAACGGGAGCGUGAACGUGUCGAACGGGAACGCGAACGUAUCAGACGCGAACGGGAGAGGGAGAGAGAAAGAGAAGAACAACGGGAAAGAGAAAGGCGAGAACGCGAGAAAGAAGAAAAGAGAAAACAGCAGGAAGCAGCUGAACGGGAACGAGAAAGGCGAGACAAAGAACGCCGCGAGAUGGAGAGACGCGAAAUGGAGCGUGAGAGACUCUUACAUCAAAAUCGGCAGCAUGUAGUUGUUCCACGAGACCGUUCACCGCUCAGAAACGGCGCGGCGCCUUUGGAUACUGGGGAAGUGCGGGUAAAGGAGGAACCACGUAGCAAGGACGACGAAGUUGUAAUGCUUCCACGACCACCGGUGCCUGGCCCUGGAACAACAGGAACCGCACCAGGAGCUGGACCAAAUCCACUGCCCGAUCCGAGACCAUAUCAUCAUCCGCAUCCGCAUGCCUAUCUCACAAGGCAUCCGCACAGUAUGCCGACUUCGCAUUCCAUGCCACGUAGCAUGCUUCCCACUUUAAGCGCACAUCCAAUGCAACAUUUCCCACCGCCAUCGGCGCCCACCGGCCAACCGGGAGCUCCUUGGCCGAGCGAUCCUUUUCGAGAGUAUCGUUUCGACACGCUACAACAGUUACGGUAUAAUCCGUUAGUAGCGGCGUUUAGAGUUGACGAAGACGAACGGACAAAAAUGUUCUAUGCACCACCGCCUGUAAACGCACUCAGGAGUAAGGACCCUAGUCCAGGUCCGCUCAGCAAUUUACAUAUGCAUCAUAGAGCGGGACCUGGGCCAGGAGUACCGACACGUCCUCUCGAAAACGCUCUCAUGCACACAGAUAUUCAUAAGAAAGAGGACGGAUCGCAGUCCCGAUGAUACAUCGUUCCAGCGUCCGCGAGCGAACGCACUGAUGGACCGACCUUCUGAGCACCCCACUCCCAGUUAACGCUCGGAAUUCGGUGCUGAUAUUUUGCUAAUAACAGAGAAGAAGCGUUAUUUAAAAAAGAAAGUGUAUAUAGAUACUAAAUAUAAUAAAUAUAAUAUUUAUAAUUAUCGAGGAAAAAAGGAAUACAGAAACGCGUAGAACUAUGAAACAAAACGUAACGAAGAUGCCUUGCUACUGAUGCCGGUGUUCCACCAAUAUCGGCGAUGAAUGAUGACGUUUCGUGAAAUAAUUAUGGAGGCAUCGUUGAUGUAUCACAAAUAAUAACGCUAUCGUUUGUGAAUUCUGCAGUUUCAGUGAUUUGACUGUCUGUAGUGUGGUAACGAGCCCUAAUUAUUACGACGAUAACUAUGCGUACAUUUUAAAAAGUAUCGUGUGUAAUAUUAAUAGUUAUAGAACGAGGUUACGUAAAAAAAGGAGAAAAAAAACGAAUCCAAGUUAGAAGAAAGAGUUAAGCGGAUCUCUAUUAUUACUCAAAAAUUAUUUAAUUAUUUAUUUAUUAUCGUAUAAACGAACUUGAAUCUCUAUUAUCGACAUACACGCGCGUAAGAUUUGCCCUAAUUUAAUUGAUGUAAUAUACAGAUCGAAUGUAAAGUUACUUCUUCUUAGACUUUAAUUUGUAUAUUAGAGACGGUAGAAAAAGGAGACGGUAUAUAAAAAGUGAAAAGUGUUCUUUGGCUUACAGCGGCACAUGCUUCUUUCAUUUGCAUGCUGGCUAAAAGCACUCCCGUGCUUUCCUGUGAUAUAAAAAGAAAAAUUAAAUCAAGGGUAGUAAAUCAUCGAUUCUUUUAUCGCGAACCGUAUUUUGCAUUUGACAAGCGUGAAUAAAAAAAAAACAAAUCAAACUAUCUUUAAUAAAAUUGUGGCAAUUAGAUUUUUCUUUUAUGUUUUCGGAAAACACAGGACGCUUAAUGUAACAGCAGUUUGUCCGUGCCAAAGUGCUUCAAUCAAAGAGUAUUUCGUACUGUGUGCAUGUGCAUAUAACAUUCAAAGUCUGUUUUUUAUACAAGAAAAUUAUGUGACAGUUUUAUCCUUCUCUUUUAACCAUUCUCUUCAUUCUCAGCCAUAUACGUCGUUGUGUUACCAGAAAGCCAAUUACGAGAUCUCUUGAAAGUUCUGUGCCAUGGACCAGGUUCGAAUAUUCCUGGUGCCUCGAAAAAAAAAUCAUGACCUUCCUGAAUAAUCGGUAUCAUUCUCAGACUCUAUUUCGUUUAUACUGUAAAAUCACGGUAAAAUUGUAUAUUAUAUAACUACACACGCAGUUUAAAAAUUGUAGAUAUUUUUUAUCGAUGCAGUUACAUUGUGAUGCAAUGAUUUUGUUCAUGUAGAUAUCGCGAAGUAUAAAAGAGGAUUUUGUGUGUGAAUAGGUUUUUUUCUAAAAUUGAUUCUUUGUAAAGGAAUCUAAUAAUCAUAGUUUCUAUCAA